AUGAACUCCCAAUCUUCCAUUAGUCUUUCACAAUCUUCCAUUAACAUUUAAUAAUCUAGUCUUACCUCUUCCCUAUAUAUACCAUUAAAAUAGGAUUCUUACUCUGCUAAAAAUAAGAAAUAAAGUAAAUAAAAAUUAUUUUGUAAUGCAACACCUUACAGCUGUAUCUCUUAGGAAUUGUCUGAUCAUAUAUCUUCUAUAUCAAAUGGCGAAAUGUAAGCCAGAGAUUCUGGAUUCAGCACAGCAGUAAAUUCUCUGAUGCAUUCAUAAAAUGAAUAAGCAACUCCAUGUUUUAACGAAAACUCCUCUAAUCAUUAAUAUGCAAAAAGCUAUGCUCCCUCCCCUGUCCUUCAUUUCAAAAGUAAUGAGAGAGACAACAGCUCAGAAAGUGGAUCAUCCCAAAAUUCUCAAUAUUAAUUUGGUCAAAAAUCUUAAACAGAAAAGAAUUUAUAAACUUUCCAUUAAGAAGCUUUCAAAUUCUUACUUACUUUGAAUAGCAACUUGCAAAAAUUCAAAGACGCAGAAAAUAGAAGAAAGCUUCAAAAGGAACUUAACUUAGACAAACAAUAGUUAACUAUGUCUUAAUUCAAUAAUAGUGAUGUUGUAAGUACAAAUACCUUAUAUUCAAGCUAAUCAGCUGCUCCAAGUGUCGUUCUAAGAAAAAGUAAAGUUGUUGAUGAAAAGAAAAAUACAGUGCAAUCAAUAAUUGCAUCGACUUUUUGUAAAUCACAAAUGUUUAAUAAAAAGAAAAGUAUAAAACUUAAUAGAUAAAGCAACUUUGCCCAGUAAAAUUGA